AUGUCAAGACCAAAGGGCGCUACUGCAGAAAAGUCGAUGUUUUUGGACUACCCGUACGACUUCAUCGCUUUCGUUCCGAUCAAGGCGGCCAAGAGAAGUUCAUGGGUGGACUACUACCUGGGUGCCACUUGCUCGAAGCAAUCAGCAGGCAAUCAGUUUCUGGCCACGUGGGGUCACUCGGACUAUCAGAAGAACGAGAUCAACCUCACCUCUAUAUUCUGUGAGACCAGCUACUACAAACAGGCUGUCAAUGCCUCCGUUAGAGCUGCUGAUCUCGUCCCUUUGGAGAACUCGAUUGUGCCGCUGGGUCCUCGAGAAAGACUUUUGGAAACAGAGUUUAACACGACAGCUUUCGAGCAUCUACUAGGAGCCGGCGUGUUAACAACGCAACCCGACAGUGCUAACGGUGGUACGAAAGAGUUUCCGUUUGGCCGUCUACUGGAACAGCAUCAGCAAGUCGCCGACUUGGGUAUUAAAUGGCCUAUGGCACCGAUGGCGGGCUUCGCAAUUGGCUCACAAAAGAACGUCAAGACACUCGAUGUUUACCGGGACGAGACCAACUUGGGUAAUGCUUACAACUCGACACACAAGAUGCUCUUUUCCCUCGCACUCCGUCGGGUCCUCGAAAGUUCCACGAGUACGAACACCACUACUGGCAACAUCGAUGUCGAGCUACACGGCAUCAUUGUCAGCCGAGUCUUCUCCGCUGUCGUCGAAGGAAUGUUAGUCAUUGUUGGAAUUUUUACGAUACUGCUGUGGUUGCACGGCUAUAGGGCGCCCAGCCGGUUGACGAUGGACCCCGCCUCCUUAGGAUCACUCAUCAGUCUUUGCCAAAACAGCACAACGCUUCUCGACAAGCUUGCUGGAAAGGGGGCGCUAACCGAGGAGGCUCUCAAGCAUUCUUUCCAGGACCUACGAUUCAAGCUGUUCUGCGGGUGCCAGAGUCGUUCAGGGCAAAUGGUCAUCAAAGUAGUCGAUACCCGAGACAAGACAACCGAGGAGCAACGAAUCAGCCUGACCCAGCCAGACACCACCUUUUCCGUCGGCCACUACUCCCCAGUCAAGCCCAUGGCCCUACGCCGAGAUGUUGGUGGCAUGGUAACAUUAUCGAUGAUGGCAGCUAUUGGUGGAUUGGUCUACUUCAAGUUGCUUGAGCGACGCAACAAAGGUUCGAAGUAUGAUUUCUACGGAAUCGUUCGUCCAAACGCAAGCUUCGAGGUGCUGCAGAUACUCGAAAAUUACGUGCCAACUAUUUUCGCAACUUUGCUGGAACCCUUCUGGGUGCUCGUCAACAGGCUUCUCUGCAUUCUGCAGCCAUUUCAGGACUUGUGGAACGGCAAACGGUCGGCCAAGGGUUCCAUUAACGCUAGAUACACCUCUCUCCCUCCGCAACUCGUUUUUUGGCGGGCGGUCAAGUCGGGUCACUUCAUCCUCACGGCCAUGUGCGGGUUGGCUUUGCUGUCUAAUCUUCUAGCUGUCGGUCUCGGUGGUCUCUUCAACGAAAAGCCAAUAAACAUUGAGCGCCCCUACGACUUUCAACAAUCAUUCAUGCCUCGACUUAAUAAUGCAUCCAUUUAUGGCUCGGAAACCCGCGGGACUUUCCACAACUCCGCUCCGUACGAGGUUCCUUUUUAUAUUUUCAUGAAUAACGUGUCUCAGAACACACCACUUACACCGUGGGUCAACCACGACUACUUUUUUCAACCCUUCAACAUUGUCCCCCAAGACGAAGAUAAGACGAGCGGUACGGCGUUUACGGCGCGGACCAGGGGCUUCAGCACUAAUCCAUCCUGCUCUGACUUUGGCACUUACAACACGAUAAGGAAAGCGCCUCAGGUGAAUUACACAAUGACCAGGAACGGCGAGGCUGUGAAGGGCUGCAGCACAAGCUUUAUCACGAAAGAUAUGACACUCGACAGCAAGUACGACAUCUUUCCCGGGCCGGCCUCGAAGGAGAUUGUGCAAAAGUUGGACACCUCCUACGACUUGACACCCUGUGAGACCACUUUACUCAUGGGCUGGUCGCGGAUUUCUCAUGCUUCGAACAUUACCAGACCGACGAACUCGACGACAACCACGAAACGAUCGCGAAGUACCGAGCUGGGGGAUGGAGAAAUUGCAAGCACGUUCGUUAUUUGUGAGCCAGUCUUCGCCACGGCCAUGUUCGACGUCACGGUGGACUGGCAGGGCUACAUCAUCAACGCGACCCGGGCAUCCGAUGUUUCGUCAGGGCUCGACUACCCACUCUCGACGAACCACACGGAUGCGAUAUCCGCCCAUGUCAAUGAGCUCAUUGUCUCAACCCAAAAGAGCUGGCACAACGACAGCUUCUCCCGCGACUGGAUGAAUUACCUACUCAAGAUCCAACCGGGCCACGCGAACCUCCUCGACCCGACCGUCCCACCAAACGCCACCGCGCUGAUCCCCGCCCUCGAAGCCGUCUACCGUCAGAUCUUUGUCCUUCUCCUAGGCAACAACCAGAACUUCCUCGACACCUACCCCGAACCCGUGACCAUAUCUGGCAUCCGACGCACCACAGAGACGCGCAUCUUCCUGGACACCACCGCCCUCGUCAUCAGCCUCGUCGUCCUGGCCAUCAAUAUCGUCGUGGCCAUCGCGCUGUACGGCCUGGCGAUCAAGCACUUCCUCCCGCGCAUGCCCACGACCAUCGGGUCCAUCCUCGCCUACCUCGCGCCUAGCAGGGCGGUGCGCGAGUACGAUGGCGCUGGCGGCAGCCUCGAGAGCAGCGCCACGUUCAGCUUCGGUCGGUAUGUCGGCGAAGACGGGCGCGCGCACGUUGGCAUCGAGCUUGAUCCCUUCGUGGUACCCGUGAAACUCUCCGCGCUGAGGAAGGGCGAUACGGAGCCGAGGAAAGGCCUGCUUGGGAAGCUUCUGGGGAGACGGAAAGCGGGACGGGGAGGUGAUACGUGGUUGUGA